AUGAGCAGAUCCUCCUCACCCAUAGACUCCUCCUCCACCACAUCAAAAAAGACCAAACCGGCUGCCCAACGGCGGAAACACCAUCAUCACCACCACCACCAGGGACACGGCGGUUAUCAGCCGCUGCUGCCCGGACUUCCUGACCACAUAGCUCAAACUUGUCUCUCGCUCGUGGACCCUCACACACUUUACUCUGUUUGCCGAUCAUGGCGCCGUCUUAUCUAUUCUCCGUCUUUCCCUCCCUUUUUAUCGAUCUACGCGCUUUUGUUGCCAACUGCAACAACAGUACAGCAACAACAGCCUCCUUCUGAUUCGGAUUCGGUCCGAUUCUCUUGCUUCGACCCGGUUUCCACCAAAUGGGUCCCUCUCCCUUCCCCUCCGCCCGAUCCGCCCCUCCGUUUCCUCCUCUGCCACCCUUCUUUCAUCUCCCGGCGACUCCCCGUCCAAUCCGUCAGCGUGAACGGCAAGCUCAUCCUCCUCGCCGCCACCGCCGACCAUUUCCAGCCGGCCCUCAACCGCCCCCUCAUCUUCUGCCCCUUGUCUCAGAGAUGGAGCUACGGUCCCCCAUUUGCGACCCCACGUAGGUGGUGCGCGGCCGGCUCCUCGGCCGGCACUGUAUACGUGUCUAGUGGUGUCGGGUCCCACUACAGCCAGGAUAUUGCGCGGUCGGUAGAGAAGUGGGACCUCCUCACCAGCAUCAGCAGCAAUCCGGGUUCGCCGGCGGCCACGUGUGAGUCCGAUGGUGGUUGGAAGUGGGAGAAAAUGGAUGGACUGAUGAAAGACGGGAAAUUCAGUCGGGAUGCGAUUGAUGCGGUGGGAUGGAGAGGGAAGCUUUGUAUGGUGAAUGUGAAAGGGGACGCAGCUAAAGAAGGGAUCAUGUACGAUGUUAAGAACGAUACCUGGGGAGAGAUGCCGGCUGGGAUGUUGCUUGGAUGGCGGGGCCCGGCGACGUCCAUGGAUGAAGAAACUAUCUACGUGGUGAAUGAAUCUAAAGGAGUGCUCAGAAGAUAUGAUCCGGGGAAGGAUAUUUGGGUUGAUGUAUACGAGAGCAAGAUGCUCCAAGGCGCGCAAUACGUGGCCGCUGCCGGCGGCAGAGUUUGUAUAGUUGUUGGCGCCGGCCGGAUUGUGGUGGUGGAUGUAACAGUGUUGCCCAGUAGAGCUUGGACGGUGAAUCCUCCGCCGGGGUUUCAACCUGUAUCUAUACAUCUAUUGCCAAGGAUGACGUCCCAACAAGAAGAAGAGUUUGCUUGA